GCAAUCUUUCUCCGUUUGUCUCUGCGUUUUUCCUGUGCGCUGUUGUCCUUUCUUCUUUGUCUAAGAGGAAAACGGGGAACCUUUCAUAGCUACCGUGAACAGGGCACAGUCAAUCGAUCUGCACAGCUAGCUAAAAUGAUGUCUGCAGGCAAUGGACAGUUGACGGUUCCUCCUGGCUUCCGAUUCCAUCCAACAGACGAGGAGCUUCUCUACUAUUACCUCAGGAAGAAGGUAUCUUAUGAAGCCAUCGACCUUGAUGUUAUCAGGGAGGUAGAUCUCAACAAACUAGAGCCAUGGGACCUCAAAGAGAAAUGCAGAAUAGGAUCAGGACCUCAGAAUGAGUGGUACUUCUUCAGCCACAAGGAUAAGAAGUAUCCAACAGGAACUAGAACAAACCGAGCAACAACAGCUGGAUUUUGGAAGGCAACAGGGAGAGACAAAGCCAUCCAUCUCAACGAUUCCAAGAGGAUUGGAAUGAGAAAAACCCUAGUAUUCUACACCGGCCGUGCUCCUCAUGGCCAAAAGACUGACUGGAUCAUGCAUGAGUAUCGCCUUGAAGAUCAUCAUGACAAUAUGAAUGUCCAUGAAGUUCAGGAGGAUGGAUGGGUGGUCUGUAGGGUCUUCCAGAAAAAGAAUCACAUUAACAGAGGUUUUCAGCCAGAGUUUAGUCAUCAUCAAGAAGUAGAACAUGACUUGAUCACCCACAUGAAGGCAAGUGGUUCUCACAGCCAAGUAGUAUUAGACCAUCAUCAUCAUCAUCAGCCAAAACAAAACCAUCACCACCAUCUGGAAGCUUCACUGUACGACUAUCCUACCACUUUUGAUGGGUCAAUGCACUUGCCGCAGUUGUUCAGUCCAGAGUCAGCAGCUGCAGCAGCUGCAGCUAAUAAUACAUCAUCAUUUCUAUCUGCACCUAAUAACAAUUUGCCAGCUUUGAAGCCCCUGGACUUGGAGUGCUCUCAAAACCUAUUGAAGCUAACCUCCACCACUGCCGCUUCUUGUGGACUCAAUAUGCAACAGCAGCAGCUGCAGGAGAUGAGAUCGUUCAAUGGUGAUUGGUCAUUCUUGGACAAGCUCCUUCAAUCUCAUCAUCCUCAGCCUCAAGAUCAUCAUCAUGUGACGGCCUCCGCCGCCGCUACUACUUCAACAACGCAGAGACUAUUACCAUUUCAAUACCUUGCCUGUAGCGGAUCAACUGCUCAUGUCGACAUUUUAAAAUUCUCCAAGUAGCUAGGUAUGCGAGCCUGAAGGUCUUUGAUGAUCGAUCCAAUCGACAUCCACUUCGUCCCCCUAGCUAUCUAGUGCCGUUAAGUUGUUCGUACGCACGGAUAAACCUUUUCCACUUUUAUUUUGGUAGUAUUUGUUUUAGUUCAAACUCUGUGCUCUCCUUGCUCAUUAAUUUAAAGUUCGAUCUUUUGAGUAUCAAAAUGUA